UACGGCGGCGGGUGGGAAGGCGGCAAAGCCCACGGGCACGGCAUCUGCACCGGCCCCAAGGGCCAGGGCGAGUACUCGGGCUCCUGGAACUACGGCUUCGAAGUGGUGGGUAUAUACACGUGGCCCAGCGGCAACACCUACGAGGGCUACUGGUCGCAAGGCAAGAGGCAUGGGCUGGGAAUCGAGACCAAAGGACGGUGGGUUUACCGCGGCGAGUGGACCCACGGCUUCAAGGGACGCUAUGGCACGAGGCAGAGCAUGAGCAGCGGAGCCAAGUACGAAGGCACCUGGAAUAACGGCCUGCAGGAUGGUUACGGCACCGAGACGUACGCUGACGGAGGAACAUACCAGGGCCAGUUCACCAACGGCAUGCGGCACGGCUACGGCGUGCGGCAGAGCGUGCCCUACGGCAUGGCCUCGGUGGUGCGCUCGCCGCUGCGCACGUCGCUCUCGUCCCUGCGCAGCGAGCACAGCAACGGCACCCUGCCCCAGCAGGACUCGCCGGCCACCAACCCCGAGAGCCUCCCCAUGUCGCCCACCAUCACGCGUGGCGGCUUUGCCCUCAGCCUCUACGCGGAUGCUGAGGCCGGCAAGGCCAAGAAGGGCGGCCUCUUCCGCCGCGGCUCCUUGCUGGGGAAGCUGAAGAAAUCCGAGUCCAAGUCGUCCCUGGCCAGCCAGAAGAGCCGCGUGAGCUUCCUGAAGAGCGAGAGCGGCAUCAGCUCCGCCGCCAGCGACGCCACCUCCACCGUGAGCCUGGGCGAGGGUGCCGAGGGCGAGGAGUUCCCCCCCUUCGAGUCCGACAUAGACGCCACCACCACGGAGACCUACAUGGGCGAGUGGAAGAACGACAAGCGCUCGGGCUUCGGCGUCAGCGAGCGCUCCAGUGGCCUCAAGUACGAGGGCGAGUGGCUGGACAACCUGCGGCACGGCUACGGCUGCACCACGCUGCCCGACGGCAAGAAGGAGGAGGGCAAGUACCGCCACAACGUCCUCGUCAAGGGCAUGAAGAAGCGCGUCAUCCCCCUCAAGAGCGCCAAGAUCCGGCAGAAGGUGGACCGCAGCGUGGAGGGGGCACAGAGGGCCGCCGCCAUCGCCCGGCAGAAGUCGGAGAUCGCGGCUUCCAGGACGACACAUGCCAAAGCCAAGGCUGACGGGUCCGAGCAGGCAGCCCAGGCCGCUAACAACGAGUCGGGCAUAGCCAGGAUGAUGGCCAGGGAGCUCUCGCCAGACUUCUACCAGCCAGGCCCCGAGUACCAGAAGAGGAGGCUGAUGCAGGAGAUCAUGGAGAACGCGGAGCACCCCGUCAACAUGGAGGAGGAGGUGCCGCGCGCGCAGGGCGCCCCGCCGCCCCCCACGCCCCCGGAGAUAUAUCUGAAAAAUUUUGAGGAAAAUGUAGGAUAG